AUGUCCGGCAUCAGCCUCUUCCUCCUCUCUAUACUUGGAAGCCUGGCUGUCGCCGCCGCAGCCCCCUCGUCCACGGUAGUCAGCUACCUUGUCGCAGAUGAUAUCCUCGACACUUGGGUGGCGGCCAGCGUAAUUGCCGUCAAUCCCAAAGCAACUACCUACGAGGUCAAAUGUGUCCCCAGCGCGUCGGCCAGUGACUGCAGCCUCGACCCUCCAAUCACCUUGAUUGCGGGCCCCACAACCGUCAACAUUCAGAUUCCCCUUUCUGAGAGUACCAGAGUCGGGGGUAUUGACCUCGAGAGGCGAGGACUCAUGACUAUGGCGUGCAGUUUCACCCAUUCUAUCGAAUCGAUCACCUGUACGGCUACGGAGGCUAUGACGGCUAUUGCAAGAGGUGUCACCAAAACCUCUACCGGGUCACAGUCUGGAUCUAUUCUCCCGACGGAUGCCUCGUAUAAGGCUUUGACAGUCACGGGGGGAUUGGAGAAGUUUCAGGCUUCUGCUACAUCCGCCCCGACAUCCGCGACUACUUCAAACCCGGCAGACAGGGUUAUGGUGACGGGGAUGCCCUUCGGGGCAGCAGUGGCUGUGGCCGCGGCCGCGGCGUGGAUCUAG